CAAAAAAAGAUGGUAGAUCCUUCCCCUGCUAGCUUCUUUACUCAAACAAACGCUCUUCUCAGAAAGAACUUAACCUUCCAGAAACGGAACGUGAAGACCAACAUCUUGUUGAUUCUGUUCCCAUUGAUUCUUUCUGUCUUGCUUAUUUCCCUUCAAAGUUUGGUCAAUCAUCAACUGACUCAACCCGAAUCCAAAUGCGGUUGUGUCUGUCGCGACAACAGUACAACAUGUAACGAUUCAGACAAGCUUUGUGGGGUUCAGUAUUCGGAUCAGACUCAAAUGGCAGCCUGUGCUAUUCCUCAGCCACAUGAAUGGCCUCCUCUCUUUCAACUUCCUCCCGUGUAUUGCAAGGAAAAUGUUUCCUGUGCUUUUAACAUGCUUUUCACCUCCGACAAUCAAUCCUUUGCACAGAUUUGCACAGAUGUGUCAGACAAUAUGUUCCCAAUUGAGUCCUAUCCAGAUGACAUUGAUAUCAUGGCUAGUUUGCCAUCAAAUGUGCUGGGAUCUGAUGCAAUGCCUGGGGCCAACAAUUUUCUUGAACCUGCUUUCACUUCAGAUCGUCCCAUUUUUUAUCUACAAACUCAGUGCCCUCGGUACAACUUUGGAUACUCAUUUCCCUACCAGAUACCAGGCAACGCCUCAGAGAAAGAAGUAGAAGUCAGAUGUGGUCAAGUUAUAAAUUUUUGGCGUAACAGUUCCUCUGAUAUCGACACUGAGUUAUAUAAAGGUAAUCAAAGAGGUAAAUCAGAAGGACGGAUCAAUGAUAUAGUUUCAGCUUUUGAUUUUCUAAAUUCGAAUGAGGAUGGACUCAAUGUCACUGUAUGGUAUAACUCAACCCGCAAGGUUGGAUUGUUGCGGAUUCCUCGUUCUGUCAAUCUGAUAUCAAAUGCCUAUCUGAAGUUUCUGCUUGGACCUGAUACCAAAAUGUUAUUUGAGUUUGUAAAGGAAAUUCCAAAACCUGAGACCCCAAUUAGACUUGAGGUAGCUUCUCUUCUGAGUGGUCUGUUCUUUACAUGGGUCGUCCUGCUACUUUUUCCGGUUAUUCUGACAUCACUGGUUUAUGAGAAGCAACAAAAAUUAAGAAUCAUGAUGAAAAUGCAUGGUCUUGGUGACGGGCCAUAUUGGAUGAUUUCAUACGGCUAUUUUCUUGCCUUAUCGGUGAUCUACAUUUUAUGUUUUGUGACGUUUGGCUCAGUCUUUGGAUUAAAAUUCUUCACCUUGAAUGACUACAGCAUCCAAUUCAUAUUUUAUUUCAUCUAUAUAAACUUACAAAUUUCAAUGGCAUUUCUGUUGUCUUCCUUUUAUUCAAAUGUUAAGACUGCUACAGUAUCGUCAUAUAUAGGCGUCUUUGGAACCGGGCUAUUAGGUUCCCAGUUUUUCCAACAUUUUAUUCAAGUUUCAUCAUUUGCAAGAGAAUGGAUCAUUUGUAUGGAGUUAUAUCCCGGGUUUGCUUUAUAUCGUGGGUUAUAUGAGUUUGCAGAGUCUGCUACAAAUGGCAGUAAUUCAGGGACUAAUGGUAUGAGGUGGCAGGAUCUGAGCGAUAGCGCCAAUGGCAUGAAAGAGGUCUUAAUUAUCAUGUCUUCUGAGUGGGUCGUAGUGCUUUGUGUUUCUUAUUACAUCGAUCAAGUAUUGUCUACAGGAAGUGGAAAAAGUCCUCUUUUCUUCUUGAAAGGAUUUCAGAAAAAACCUCUUUCAUCAUUGAAGAAGCUCGCUAUUCAAAGGCAGGGGUCAGAAGUUUUGGCUCAGAUGGAGAAAGAAGAUGUCAUCCAAGAGAGGGAGAAGGUGGAGCAAUUGCUUCUUGAACCAACGAAUGAUCAUGCAAUUGUUUGUGACGACCUAAAAAAAUUCUAUCCAGGACGGGAUGGAAAUCCAGGAAAAUUUGCAGUGAAAGAAUUGUUCCUUGCUGUGCCUCGAGGGGAAUGCUUUGGUAUGCUUGGUCCUAAUGGUGCUGGGAAGACUUCUUUUAUUAGUAUGAUGAUUGGUCUGACAAAGCCGACAUCUGGUGCGGCAUAUGUUCAAGGCCUGGAUGUAAGAACUCAUAUGGACAGAAUAUAUACUAGCAUGGGAGUAUGCCCACAGCAUGAUUUGCUGUGGGAAAGCUUGACAGGUAGAGAACACCUACUUUUUUAUGGCAGACUAAAGAAUCUUAAAGGUUCAGUUUUGACUCAUGCAGUAGAAGAAUCUUUGAAGAGUUUAAACCUUUUCUAUGGAGGGGUUGCUGAUAAACAAUGUGGAAAAUACAGUGGAGGGAUGAAGAGGAGACUUAGUGUUGCAAUUUCAUUGAUUGGGGACCCCAAAGUUGUUUAUAUGGAUGAGCCAAGUACUGGAUUAGACCCUGCUUCAAGGAAAUGCCUAUGGAAUGUUAUCAAGCUUGCGAAACAGGAUCGUGCAAUUAUUCUGACCACACAUUCUAUGGAAGAGGCAGAUGCUUUAUGUGAUCGGUUAGGAAUUUUUGUAGAUGGUAGCUUGCAGUGUGUAGGAUAUCCAAAGGAGCUGAAAGGCAGAUAUGGAGGAACAUAUGUGUUCGCAAUGACAACAUCUUCUGAUCACGAGAAGGAUGUCGAGAACAUGGUACAACGGCUCACCCCAAAUGCCAACAAGAUAUACCAUCUCUCUGGUACUCAAAAAUUUGAGCUGCCAAAAGAGGAAAUUAAAAUGGCGAAUGUAUUCCGAGCUAUUGAAGCUGCAAAAAGAAACUUCACUGUUUUCGCAUGGGGUUUAUCUGACACCACAUUAGAAGACGUCUUCAUUAAGGUAGCACGCGAGGCUCAAGCAUUUGAUACCUUGACAUAGUUUGUACUGACUAUGCAAACAAGCAUUGGAGUGAUUUGCCUCCAGAGAAUUUGACCAAUUAAUAUGAAGUAGUACAUGGUUAGAUGGUUCUAACUAUUUUUUUUCACUACA